UCUCAAUCUUUCCACGCUUCAUCCUCACGCAUCGAUUGAUGGGCUGCCCAAGAUGCGCAACACGCUGAUAUUUGCCGGCAAUUCAUGCCCAGUUCUCACAGGCCAGAUCUGUGAGAAUCUGGGUAUGCAACCUGCCAGCGCCGAGCUUACUCAGUUCUCCAAUGGCGAGACGAGUGUCAGAAUCUUGACAAGCGUCCGAGAGAAGGAUGUCUUUGUCGUCCAGUCUGGAAGCUCUAGCAUCAAUGACUCCAUCAUGGAGCUUCUCAUCAUGAUCUCGGCAUGCAAGGGCGGCUCUGCCAACAAGGUCACUGCCGUCCUCCCUUACUUCCCCUACAGCCGUCAGUCCAAGAAGAAGUCCCAUCGAGGCGCUAUUACGGCUCGCAUGCUUGCCAACCUGAUGGGUGUUGCUGGUGUCAAGCACGUAAUCACCGUCGACCUUCAUGCAUCCCAGAUGCAGGGAUUCUUCAAAUGCCCCGUCGACAACCUCCAUGCCGAGCCCAUCCUCGCCAAAUGGAUCCGCCACAACGUCCCUAACUGGCGCGAAGCGGUUGUUGUUUCCAAGAAUGCGGGAGGGACCAAGCGAGUCACGUCCCUCGCCGAUGCGCUCAAGCUCAACUUUGGAAUCGUCACCACAGAUCGGAAGCGUGUCAGCAACAUGACGGCUAGUAUGAUCAUGAGACACUUCGAUCAUAGUGUCGAUAGCCAACCAGCGUUGGAAUCGAGCCGGCCCAUUCCCAACCGCGGUGCUCGUGAGCCAGCAUCCGAGCGUGAGAAGACCCCUAAGAGGGAUGUUACUCCUCCACGAACCUCGCGGAUUGUGACGGAUCUGCAGGGCUCCCCUAAGCGAGUUAAUGGCUCGUCGGCCCGCACUUCUAACCUGAGUCUUGCCGAGUCCGCGGAUGACAACGUUACACCCCCAGCUCGGUCGCCCGAGCCAUCAGUGAACGGCGAGGCCGACUAUGAUGACCACAAGGCACACGAGGUCACACAUGGCCGCCUGGUCCAGGGACGUAUUGUUGAGGACGACUUCCCCUCCCCUGAUCGAUCCGCCGCCGAUGUCAGUCUACAUGACGAGGAUCCCAUGACCAUGUCCCAUGCGUCAUCGUUCUUCGCCCCCGAGCCUCAAUCUCUUGGAGGAUCCGGUGAUGCGGCAGCAAGUUCUGAUGAGGAGGACAAUGCGUUCGAAAACCCCAACGCCGAGCACAUGAUCACUUUGGUUGGAAACGUCAAGAACCGGACCGUCUUCAUCGUGGAUGACAUGAUCGACAAGGCCGGCUCUUGGAUUGCUGCCGCUGAGACCGUGAUUAAGAAGGGCGGGGCUAAGAAGGUGUACUGCAUGGCGACUCAUGGCAUCUUUGGCGGAGACAGUCUUGAACAACUGCAAGCAUGCGAGUGCAUCCACCAGAUUGUUGUCACCAACAGCUUCCCCAUUGAUAAGGACAGGGCACGCAACAUCAGUAAGCUCGUGGUACUCGAUCUCUCGUUCCUGUUGGCCGAGGCCAUUCGGCGCAACCACUACGGCGAGUCCAUCUCGCCCUUGUUCCAACAUUCUGGGGACUAG